GAUGGCCACCCUGCCCUAUGAGCUUACCAGCUCCACCCUGGAGAUAUUAACAGCGACCACUGUCAAGCAGACACCUAACCACAUCCCCUCAACGAUCAUGGCAACCACCCAGCCUCCAGGAGAAACCACUGCUCCUGAGAUCCAGGACAGCUUCCCAUACCUGCUGUCUGAAGACGUCUUUGGACAGGAAGGCCCCGGGCCGGGUACAAGCGAGGAGCUUCAUCCCACCUUGGAGUCCUGUGUGGGGGGUGGAUGUCCUGGCCUCAGUAGAGGCCCUGUGAUCGCCACCAUUGUCACCGUCCUGUGCCUACUGCUGCUCCUGGCAGGUGUGGGGAUGGUGUGGGGCUACCGCAGGUACCAGCACAAGAGCUCCGUGUACAAGCUGAAUGUUGGCCAGCGGCAGGCUCGGCACUACCACCAGCAGAUCGAGAUGGAGAAGGUCUAGGCACCUUCGGAGUGGGUUCUCCCAAAGCCACUGGGGAGGAAAAUAACUGUGACACAUCACACUGAUAAUUUACUAGAGCAUGACGCAGGUGGACUGGGGCUCAUCAUGUUUUCCUCAGCCCUUUGUUUUAUAGGCUGAGAAGUGUCUCUGGAGCACCUGGGAGGGCAGGGAGGCUUUGGUGGCAUCAUCACUCACAUCAGUGUCUUCACCAUCUGCCGUGGAAUUGACUACACUAAUCCCAGACCUGUGCUUGGGCCCUGUUUCCAGUGUGAGGUUGA